GCGGCGAGGCCGCUCGCAGCGUGUGGUCUCGGCUUCUGGCGUCGGAUGCUCGUGAAUAUGCUACCAAAGUGGAGGCAAUGACCAAGGCGUGUGUGGAGCUGGCGAACCGCAACUUGCAUGGGGCGAAACACACAGACGUGGGGGGUUGGUGGGUGCGCACACUGCCAGGCCUGCAGAUGCCUGUUCCCACAGUGCAGCGCCGCGAGACAGGUCCGGGUUACGACCCCGACCAGUACGUCGUCCAGGUGGCCCCCACAGCGAAAACCGCAGCGUCAGGGCUGAGCUUGCCCAAGAUCGUCAAGAUGGUCCUGGCUUCGGGCGAAACGCACCGGAUGAUCCUCAAGGGCGGCUCCGACGAUCUGCGCCAGGACAGUAUCAUGGAACAGGUGUUUGGGAAGGUGAAUGUGCUGCUUUCACAGGAUGCCCACGCGCGUCGGCGGCGGCUGCGUGUACGCACGUACAAGGUUGUGCCGUUGGGACCCCGGUCCGGUGCAAUCGAGUUUGUGUCCAACUCUGCCUCGCUGGACGAGUUGCUACGUGGGUUGCAUGCGGGGGACAAGUUACGUGCAGACCGCGCCCGCGCAAGGAUGAAGAGUGCACAGGAGCACUCGCCGGCGCGCCGCGUUGCGGUUUACAUGGACAUCUGCGAGCAGGUGCAGCCUUGUUUCCGGCAUUUUUUCUUCAACAACUACACGGCGCCGGACGGUUGGUUCGAGGCGCGGCUGGUGUACAGCCGCGGGCUCGCGACCACAAGUAUCGUGGGACACAUGCUUGGGCUUGGCGACCGCCACUGCAACAACAUCCUCGUCGACAAAGUCUCGGCCGAGCCAAUCCACAUCGACCUGGGCGUGGCAUUCGAUCAGGGCCGCGCAUUCCCCGUGCCGGAGAUCGUGCCGUUCCGGUUGACAAGAGACCUGGUGGACGGGCUGGGGGUGGCGGGCACGGCAGGCGUGUUCAGCCGCAGUUGCGAGAACGUUUUUGGCGUGCUGCGUGCCAACUCGACGCACAUCAGCGACAUUCUCGACGUGCUUAAAUACGACCCACUUUACUCGUGGACGGUGUCGCCCGUGCGGGUACGGCGGGUGCAGGAAGAGUGGGGGGGAGAUUGGGAUGAGGCUGCGCGCCGCGACGUGGGGUCGGAGGCCAGCAUGGCAAUCGACGGCGUGCUGCGCAAAUUACAGGCUCGCGGGCUCAGCGAGGAGGCUGUGGUGCGCGAGCUCGUGCGCGAGGCCACUGAUAGCCGCAACCUGGCGUUGAUGUAUGCUGGGUGGGCUCCAUUUCUAUAGAAUAGAGUUUGGUGGUUUUGUGGGCUAAAGGCACGAGAUGAUCCACGGAGCCGACGGCAGUGGGAGCACUCUGCUGGAAUUUUGUCUCUAAGGUCUUCAAACAACUGUCUCCCUAAUACAGUUUCUGUUAAAUUUUGUAGACACUUUUGUUGCAGCAAUAGGCAAAAAAUUCCAAGUUAUUCCAAAUGAGGAUGUUGGGCGCGAUUGGCGAAACGAGGUGAAAGCUGUGUCCCUAGCUUAGUAGGCUACUAAAAAGGUGGAGGGCUCGAAACACCUUCGGAAGCGGCCAGAAAACAUAUUUUCCAAACGCGUCUUUUGAAGCAGUCGUCGAUGUGUUCCAAAUGCCAAGAAAAUAACUCCAUAUUGCGCAAGAAGCGGAUACGCAAGCGAUAACUAUCGUGUGAGCAUCUGCAAUGUGUUUCCUACUGUGGCACAGGAUUGUCAAGGUAGCGGAUAGAAGCUACUGCGGGCCACGUUGUGGGAUCGAACGGCUGAGGCGAGGCUGUAGAAUUACUACUUGAGCCACCAACACCUGACUGCUAAAACCACACUGUCCCGGUGGUGGAGCUUUAGGGACACGCAAGAUGUCCUCAAGAACGCGCAGAACGCCGCUCCGGCGCGAUCGGGCUUAGACCCGACACUCCGGACCCUGUCGCUCGACCUGUUUACUUUUGGCUAUGCAUCUGCAGCCAUCUGCGGAUAAAUAACAUUCUAGAUUUUUUUCCGGAUCGGCUAUUGCAAGAUCGUGCUGGUACGUCAGCAGCUUCUAGAAGAUACCAGCCCCGCGGGACAUUACAAGUGAAGAGUCCCUGUGUCCGUUAAGGCGACACACUUGCAGGGUUGUAAAUAAGCAGGUGGAUUACGCCGUGGCGAGAGAUUCGCCCAUGCGCGCAAUACCCCACUGCUAAAGUGGUUCGACCGCCAUUUUGACGUCAUUGCAGAUGGCCCGUUUAGAGGGCAUGGUGGAAAAAGUGGAAUUAUCCGAACAAGUGCAAUUCUAGCCUCCGCACUGCACGGCACCGAUCUCUCGUGAAAACUCUGCGUGAUGGUGGGGACGUGUAUUGUUUGGAAAUUCAUAUUCAGCCAUUAUUAAUGGGCAAACGGAGUAAAUCCUGACGUGGACUACCUCAAGUGGAAAUUCCAAAAAUUUUUGCAUUGUUCUAUUUGCUGCACAAGCACCCCAUGAUGUAGCGUGCACAAUAGACCACGGGCUGUUUUUAGAACAACAACAAUACGGUCACUCUCGCGACUGGGGAAAUGUGGGGCCGGCCGUGCACGGCGUUGAAAGGGUCUUUAUCCGAGAAAUAGUCUUCCAGGCGAGAAAGAAGAGUGUAGUAAGACCUGUUGCAAACUUGGCCAUGAUGAACAGUACGACCCACACAGGACCGUAAGUGAGGACUAUCCUGAUGUUUUUACCCUUCCCGUUCCAAAUAUUUUUCCAUUGCCUUGCUGCAUGCAGCACAACAAAAGUCCAGAUUUUUCUCCCCACCUUUUCUCAAAAAAACCUGGGGGGCUAUUGGACAUCCAUUGUUUACCCUUGGUAUAAAUACGUGUUGUAUCCCCAGCAAUUUCUCCCGUAUCCAAUCAACUAUUACAAACAUGGCUGGCGACAGUAUUACUGGUGUGGCAGGAACUGCUGACGUUAACAGAGUCGAGGCUCCCUUGACUGUGAGAGCUUAUCUUAUGUGCGCCUUUGGUGCGUUUGGAGGUAUCCUUUUCGGAUACGACUCCGGUUACAUUUCCGGUGUCAUGGGUAUGGACUACUUUAUCCAUGAAUUCACUGGAAAGGUGAAACACGGCGACGAUGACUCCUCUUUUGUCGUUGGAUCGUCUCAAAAAUCUCUUAUUACUUCUAUUCUUUCUGCAGGUACCUUUUUUGGUGCUGUGUGUGCCGGAGACUUGGCCGACAUGUUUGGAAGAAGAACCAUUAUUGUGACCGGCUGCAGUAUCUACUCGGUCGGUGUUGCGCUCCAGGUUGCCUCCACCACGGUGGCUCUGCUUUCCGUAGGAAGAGUUAUAGCAGGUGUUGGUGUUGGUUUUGUUUCGUCCGUGGUGGUUUUGUAUCUGUCUGAAAUUUCUCCAAAGAAAAUCAGAGGUGCCAUCGUUUCCGGUUACCAGUUCUUCGUCACCAUCGGAUUGCUGCUCGCGUCCUGUGUUGACUACGGCACCGAGCACAGAAACGACUCCGGCUCCUACAGAAUCCCUAUUGCUCUGCAACUCAUCUGGGCCAUCAUUCUUGCUGUCGGACUCAUCUUGCUCCCAGAAUCUCCUAGAUACUACGUCCUCAAGGGCAAGUUUGACAGGGCUGCAAAGGUGCUCUCCAGACUUAGGGGCCAGCCUAUCGAUUCCGACUACAUUCAAGAAGAACUCGCCGAGAUCGUGGCCAACCACGAGUACGAGAGGAGCGUCAUUCCAACUACGAGCUACUGGCAAUCCUGGGCAGCUUGUUUCACCGGAGGACUCAGAAGACCAUCCUCGAACCUCAGAAAGACCAUCCUCGGAACCUCCAUGCAGAUGAUGCAGCAAUGGACCGGUGUCAACUUCAUCUUCUACUUCGGUACCACCUUCUUCCAGCAGCUUGGCACCAUCCACAAUGAGUUCCUGAUCUCGAUGAUCACUACGAUCGUCAAUGUGGCCUCAACUCCUCUGUCCUUCUACACGAUCGAGAAAUUCGGUCGUCGUGCGCUCAUGAUCUACGGUGCAGCAGGUAUGGUUGUGUGUCAGUUUAUCGUGGCCAUUGGUGGUACCGUUGAUGGCGACAAUCAGAAAACCGUCAGCGCCAUGAUCGCCUUCAUCUGCAUCUACAUUUUCUUCUUUGCUUCGACCUGGGGUCCGGGAGCUUGGGUUAUUAUCGGAGAGAUCUUCCCAUUGCCAAUCAGAUCGAGAGGUGUUGGUCUGUCGACCGCCUCCAACUGGUUGUGGAACUGUAUCAUUGCCGUUAUCACUCCUUACAUGGUUGACGGCGAUAAGGGCAAUUUGGGUGCUAAGGUGUUCUUCAUCUGGGGCUCGCUAUGUGGUUGCUGUCUUCUUUAUGCCAUUAUGCUGAUCCCAGAAACCAAGGGCCUGACUUUGGAGCAAGUCGACAAGAUGCUUGAGGAGACCACCCCAUGGACCUCUGCCAAAUGGAAACCUCACUCCACCUUCGCUGCCGAGAUGGGUCUUGCCAAGGACGACAAGGGCGUCACCCACGAGCUCAAGGAGCACGCCAGCGUUGAGAGUGUAUAGGCGUUUAGUAUGUAUACUACGGCUAAUAUGACAUUAUGAGCGAUCCGAAGAGGGCGGGGCACGAGAGUGCCAGAUACACUGUAUUGCGGACUCUCGGGAAUGGUGCCGAAUCGAUGGUGUAUUUUUGUGCUCUGCAACGGUGAAUUUUCGGUGAGUAGUUGACCUUUUUUUACGGCCAAAUACAGAUUGAUCUUCUCAUCUCGACAUUUGCAUGGUGUUCAAGCAGUCGUAGCUGAUUUCAAGCUGCAGCAUGUGAGGUCUAAAACAGUUUUGCCAGGCCGUCGCUGUUGGCCUCCCUGUAUAGUGUCCGGUCAUCAAAACGUUAAAGGUUGC